CAUAUUGGCAUUUCACCUGUUAACCUGCAGCCUCAUCAGCAAGAAGGGAGGGAGGGAAUCAGUUCUUGCGAACCAGAGAAUGAAUACAGCGGCCCCCCUCAGCUCCUAAACAAGAGCGUACAUUAAGAAUUAUACACAGCAGCGCCGCGGUGGAAUCAGCUUUUUAAUAAGUCAUACAAAAUGAAGGGCGCGAUCAGCAGCCCAGUCUCCGGCGCAAUGCAGGAGACUUUUGGAUGCGCCGUGAUGAACCGCUUCGACCAGCUUUUGGAUGAUGAGGCCGACCCCUUUGAUAUCCUCCGCGAGGUAGAAGAGGAGAAAAAAAAGAAAAAGAAGGACGAGCCCAAGAAAAGCGGGACCGCUUCAAAAUCGGGCAGGAGAGAAUCCCAAAAAGAUAGGAAGGUCGUUACGGUUCCUGGAGGCGAGGGAAAUGACGAGGUUGCGAGAAACAGCUUGGGUCAGAAGCGCCCCCCUAGAAGUGGAAUGCAGAUGGGUCAGAAUGAAAACCGAGGGACUGAAGCAAAGGUGGAGAGGACGGAGCGUCGUGUUGUGUUCCGGGAGCGUCGGCCCAAUGAAGUAGCGGCUCCAGAGGAGUAUUCUGUGGAAAAGCCAUCUGACAGAUUUGACAGACCAAUGCGAGGUCGAUGGGGCGGCAGAGGAGCAGUGCGUGGCAGAGGUGGGAGCGGUGGGUUUCAGAGGAACUUUGAUGGGUUUGACCAGAGAGGCAAACGAGAAUUUGAACGACACAGUGGUAGUGACCGAAUGGGAAUGAGGCCUGAUGAAAAGCGUGGUGGAAGUGGACCUCGUAACUGGGGAUCGGUUAAGGAUGACAUGAGUGACAUUGAGCAUGUUGCCCCAACUGAAGAGGCAGCUGAGAAUGAGGAGGCUCGUGAAACUCCAGGGGAUGCUGAGAAUCGGGGAAUUGAAGGUGAAGGAGAGCAACAGGAGGAAGGACCCAUGGAGAUGACGCUGGAUGAGUGGAAAGCUCUACAGCAACAGAACCGACCAAAGAAGGAAUUCAACAUCCGUAAGCCAGAAAGUAGCGUACCAACAAAGGCUGUUGUGAUUCACAAGUCCAAGUAUGUUGAUGAUCUGAAAGGAGAAACUGAUGAGGAUGAGGACGACCAUCACGUUUUCCGAAGGCCAGCCAAUGAUAUCACCUCAAAGCUGGAUAUUAACUUUGGCAGCCUGGCCCGUCCUGGCCGUGGAGGCAGAGGGGGGCGUGGCGGCCGUGGUCGUGGUGGACCCCCUCCCACCACCAGACCUGAUGCACCGCCAAGAUCUGAAGUGGACCAAGGAUUUGCUCCAAACCCUGAUGAUCCUGAAGACUUCCCUGCUUUGGCUUAGAAACAACUCCGUGGGGGGAUUUGAAGAGGCUGUUGUGGCGCUCUAGUGGAAGGAGUGUUUUAAUGAGGUGGUGCAGUGACUUCUGACCAGGUCUCCAGGCCAUUGAGAAUUUGUUUGCCUCUUGGUGUAAAUUGGUUGCAUAUGUGAUACAAUGGUUAUUGUUAAACUAUCACAAAGGAUUUUUUUUUUUUUUCCCCCCAAAAGUAUUCCUUUCCGCUUACUGUAUAGUUUAAAAGCUGUAAUACACUGAGGAAAGCUGAAUAUAGCCGAUAUGUAUAAAUAAAAGCACUGUUGAAUGUG